AUCAGUACAUCAACAUGGUUAUGGCUACUAGUUCCGACGCGAUAACAAAACGGAAAUGUUAAAACUAUCUAACAUUUAAAUUAUAACCAAUUUAAAUAAAAGAAAAUUACCGAAAAGUCAAGCGAGAAAAAUCUAAAUUAUAUAUAAACGUGUGAAAAGUGUUACUGAAGUGUUAAGUUAGGGAGCAUAAAGUGCUCAUGAUUUCAUAAUUUCAAGAUGUAGAAGAAUUGCUAAAAUAUUAAUUAAAUACCAAUGUCACAAAAUUAAGGCUUGUCUUUAAUUCAAUCAAUAUCAUUAUGAUGUCAUAAUUAAAAAAGUUAAACUCAUUGAUUGUAUCAUGAGCUGUUCUGUAGAAUUACGACAGCGUAGACAGCAGGGGAUGGCGGAGGAUCCUCAUAAACUUGCAGCAAUGAUGAAUAAAUCUCAAAGACUUGUGUUGGGACUAUUAGUUUUAUUAUUAGUUGAUAUCAUUUGGGUUUCUAGCACUGAACUUACUAAAUAUAUUUAUAGAGAAGCAGCAUUUGAAAAGCCAUUUUUUACUACAUAUAUAAAAACAUCAAUGUUCACAUUCUAUCUGCUUGGUUUAUGUUUUUGGCCUCCAUGGAGGGAUCAAUGCAAUAAACCAGCAACGUAUAUGUUUAUAGAUCCUAAUGUGGAAGAUGAUAAUUUCUAUUCAGAAGCUAACACAAGUUUGAGUGAUCCAACAUUUGUUCCAAUAAAAACACCAGAUCAUUGUGAUCGUUCUUCAGGCACAGAAAGCGAUGAUUCAUCAAUACGCUCAGUAAGAUUUAGUAAAUUAGCAGAAGUUCGUCAUAUGUCAGAAAGUGAUGCCACGGAAGCAUUAUUGGCAAGACUUAGUUAUCAAGCAAGCUUGAGAGCUGGAGAACAUGCAAGACGACAGGCUAAUAAGUUUUCUGUUCAAAAAGUUGCUAAAAUUGCACUUAUGUUUUGUUUACUUUGGUUUAUGGCAAACUAUACUUAUCAAAUAUCAUUAGUAAAAACUGAAUCAGGAGUUGUAACUGUAUUGACAUCAAUUUCUAGUUUAUUUACUUUAUUCCUAGCUGCCUUCUUUCCUAGUAAUGGUGGGGAUAAGUUUACAUUGUCUAAAUUAGUUGCUGUCUCUAUCAGUAUUCUUGGACUAGUUCUAGUUGGUCUUUCAGAUUUAACUGUAGAAACUAGUAGAAUACCUACAGCCAUAAUAUUGGCUCUAGUCAGUGCAUUUUUUUAUGCAGCUUAUAUUGUAUUUCUUAAGAGAAAGGUGGAUCAUGAAGAUAAGAUGGAUAUUCCAAUGUUCUUUGGGUUUGUUGGACUUUUUAAUUUGACACUUCUAUGGCCUGUGUUUUUUAUUCUUCAUUAUGGCCAUUGGGAAGAAUUUGAAUGGCCAGAUACUCAUCAAUGGACAUUUUUAAUUAUUAAUGGUUUGAUUGGUACAGUUUUAAGUGAGGUGCUUUGGUUGUGGGGCUGCUUUUUAACAUCAUCCCUCAUUGCAACUUUGGCAGUCAGUUUACUCAUGCCAAUGUCAAUGAUAGCUGAUGUGUUAUUAAAAAAGGUCGAGUACCCUUGUAUUUUCUAUCUAGGAACCAUACCAAUGCUAUUAGCAUUUCUGACUGUGUCUUUUCUAUCCUAUUAUGAUAAUUGGGAUCCAGUCAUGGAUUUAAUAAAAAGAAUAUACAUCUGGAUUUGUAGAAAAAAUAGAUCAAUAAGAAUACCAGAUCUUGAAGCAGAGCAAACAGAAUCACUCAUAGGAAUAAGUAGCGGCGAACACGAAGCUUAACUCGACAAUAAUGAAAAAGAUAUGUAAUAAAUGUGUUUUGUGUAUGUAUAUUUCUACACCUAACAAAUGCUUCGUCAAUAUGCAUAAGACAUUAUCAGUAUAUUGUGUAUAUGUCUUCUCAAUAUGAAUACCUUCUUUAAUAAAAGGAUUUUGUAUAUAAAUAACUGAAUGAUGUAUGUGUAUUUAAUUACAAAGCAUUUUCACGAAGCAUUAUAUAAGCAAUGUUAAGCAUUCUAAAUUAAUGAUCAUAAUUUCUUUUCUACAAUAUAUAUGUCAUUAUAUUAAUUCGCCAUAAAAAUUAAGUUUCAUUCAUGUGCAGAAUAUUAUGAUACUGCCAGACAAUAAUUGCACAUUGUUCAAUAUAUAUAUAUAUUAUUUAAAAGUAAAACUCACAAGAAUGUUAUUUUUCACUAUUUUAUAAAAAUCAAAUAGCAGAACACUUGUCCGUAUUUCUUAAAAAAGUUUGUUAUGCUGAUUUCUUAUUUCCUUGUUUUCUUUUUUCAAAGAAAUUUUUAUAUUAUUUACAAUGCAUACAGAAUUAAGAGUGUUAAAAAUUAUAUUUAGCUUUUGUAUUUCCUGCGAUUUUUAAAAAAAUUAUAGUACAUUAAUUGAAAAUGAAUUGUGAUGUUUUAUGUAAAAUAAUGUUGAUAAUGUAAAUUGUGAUAAGUAUGUUAAAGAUAUUGUUUUCAUCACUAACAUUGUGCUAUUAUUUAAGUAUAUCUGCAAUAGUGAUGUAUGAAGAUAUCAAUGCUGUGUGCACUCUUUAGUUUCUCAUUCUUCCUAACAUUUCACUUCUUCACUUACAUACACUUGAGUCUAAAAAAAGUUUGGAAAACAAGAGUACUUAUUUCAAUAAUAAUAUCUUCUUAUAUAAUCAAGGUAUCAAUAAUAAUUUUAUGUUAUAUUUGUUAUCAAUAUUGCAUUAUCUAAAGUAUUACUUGAAUAAUUUCUUUAAAUAUUUCUUUUUUUUAGUAUUGUUUAAAAAUUACUUAUAGAAAAAAUAUCAGAAAUGUAGAAGAGCUUAAUUUAUAUUUUGUUGUAUAUUUUCAAAAUAAUUUAGCAUAUAUUAUUAUAUAAAAAUAUUUGUUAAAUAUUAUGUACUUAUUUAAAACGCAGUAUGCCCUAAAUUUUAAGACAACGCCAGUGAGAUAUCUAUGCAAUUUUAAUGAUGUAAGACCUUUAUAAUGGAAUUAUAUUUAGAUUUUGGACCAAUUUCAAAUUCGAUAAUACUAAGAAAUAUGGUGGCUAGGGAAAAUUGAAUAUUCAUCAAUGCAUUUUAUGGCAUACAUCUUUUAUAUUUGAUAAAAAUGAUAAUUCUAUCAUCUUUCUUAAAUCUAGUCAAAAUAAUUGUACUGAUAGAUUGCUUUAUCGAAGUGUAUAUUUUACACAUAACAUAACAUCUAUAAUCAAUUUCCUUAUUUAUAAAAACGGACUUUGCUCAUAAAACGAUGUUAAUAACUUCUAUGUUUUUAUUAAAACAAUAUGUACAAUUUUCUUUAGUAUGUUCCAAAAUGGAAAUAUGUAAAAAUAAGUUAUAAUUAAUGUUUACACAGAUUUUAAAUUUGCACAUAUGCGGUAUACAUACACAUACAUAACAAAGAGUUAUACUCGUUAUGUCAUAGAUUGUAAUAUUUUAUAAGCAGAAUUAAGAAAUCCAUAUAUAAGUGUACAAUUAACUUGAUAUUGUGAUAUAACUAUUAUGGUGCGCAAAUAUACUUUAAUUUAGUGUAAUAUAAAUCAAGCUAUAAGAUGCA